GCGCACUGAACGCCCCGAGGCUGGAGGUGCGCGCGCACUCGCGUCCACCAUUGCAGGCCAAGUCCGGCCGCUCGGUGGAGGUGUCUCUGCAGCCUCUUCCCCGCACCCCGGGGGAGCGUCCUCGCGGUCUCUGCCUUCUUGGAGGUCUGGUGCCGGGGCAGCCGGGCGGGCGGCCCGCCCAAAUGCUGCAGAAGGGAGCUCGGGCCGCCGAGGGCGCCGUCCGCACCCCAGGGGAGGACUCGGAGGACGCGGCCCCGGCUGGGGCCACUGCUGAGGGGGCCGUGACCUUCCGUGACGUGGCCGUGGACUUCACCCGCGAGGAGUGGGGGCGGCUGGGCCCUGCUCAGAGGCGGCUUUACCAGGAGGUGAUGCUGGAGACAUACCAGAACCUGGCAUCCCUGGGGCUUCCUAUUCCCCAGCCGGCUGCUGGCUGCCACCUGGAGCCUGGGGAAAAGCCGUGGACGGCGGAGGGGGAGACCCCGAGUGGCUGCCAGGCAGACCGGAAGGCCGGAGCCGAGGCCGAGGGGGCCGGCCCAGGCGGGGACAUUUCGGAAGGAGGCUCGUCCCAGAGGAGGGAGGUGGAAGGACGUGCCCAGGACGGUCCUUGGAGCCCCAGACCGAGGGACGCCCGGACGUGCGACGGCCAGUUGGAAGAGCGGGACAGACGGUGGCGGCAGGCGAUCGUCCACCCUGGGGAGCCGGGCCCCGGAGGGGAGGACGCCGAGAAAAGCGGCAGCGGGAGGCCCCUGGGGACUCUCCAGCAGAAUCUCCUCGUGGCCCCCCGUCCCCAUGACUCGGGUGGGAAAAGCUUCAGGCAGCUUCCGCCCUCCACUGACCACCAGGUCCUCCGCGCUGCGGACAAGCGCGGCGACGACGGGAGGGACGACCCGGCCCCGCACGGCCGCCCGCCCCCUCCGGAGCCCCCCGGAAGCCAUCCGCGAGGGAAGCCGCACAAGUGCCGCGAGUGUGGGAAAGCCUUCCGCCAGAGCGCGCUUCUUAGCAAACACCUGCGGGUGCACAGCGGGGACAAGCCCUACGCGUGCAGCGACUGCGGCAAAGCCUUCAGCCAGACGGCCCACCUGAGGCAGCACCGGAGGAUUCACAACCAAGAGAAGCCCUUCGAGUGCAACGAGUGCGGGAAGGCCUUCCGGGUGAGCUCGUCCCUCACCGAGCACUGGAGGACUCACACCGGCGAGAAGCCCUACCAGUGCCACGAGUGCGGGAAGGCCUUCAACCGCAGCACCCACCUCACCCAGCACCAGAGGAUCCACACCGGGGAGAAGCCCUUCGCCUGCAGCGAGUGCGGGAAGGCCUUCAACCGCAGCACGCUCCUCACCCAGCACCAGAGGAUCCACACCGGAAAGAAGCCCUACGCGUGCGACGAGUGCGGGAAGGCCUUCCGGGUGAGCUCGUCCCUCACCGAGCACCGCCGGAUCCACACCGGAGAGAAGCCCUACGCGUGCCACGAGUGCGGGAAGGCCUUCAACUGCAGCAAGCUCCUGACCCAGCACCAGAGGAUCCACACCGGAGAGAAGCCCUACGAGUGCGGCCAGUGCGGCAAGGCCUUCAACAAGAGCCCCAACCUGACCCGCCAUCAGCGGAUCCACACCGGAGAGAAGCCCUACGUGUGCGCCGAAUGCGGGAAGACCUUCAACCAGAGCACCCACCUCAUUCAGCACCAGAGGAUCCACACUGGAGAGCUUUUCUACGACCCCGUCACCAACACGUACCUGUGAAGGGCCUCGGACAGUCGUCCUUGGAGCCGCCGCCGCACCCCGUCUUCAUUGGGAGCGAACCUCUGCGUGCCAAGCCCAGGCCAGCCCGAGUGCCCGAGACAGUCCAGAGCAGGCGGGAGGGUCUUUGGCCAGCCUCUGAGGGAACGAGGGCUCCCCUUUCUCUCCUUUGGCUAUUCCCUCAUCUCGCCCUGCUCUCCCGUUGCCGGAGAAUUAGAGGGGCCCCACAAGAGAUGCCGCCGGCAGGCCGGAGUCCCCUUUGGAGGGGGCUGAGCUGGGAAAUGGCAGUGCACGGACCAUCCUUGGGGAGGGGAAGAGAGAGCAGGAGGGCCGCCUGUGCCCUCAGACCCCGGGUGCGAUGAGGAUGGUCAAUAAAUGCUCGUCCCUUGGCUUUCCCUAA